AAAAAGAACUCAAAACUGUGUUACUUCCUUGUACAAACUGAUAUAUGCUUUUAAGACAAGAAUAGCGUUUGUAAGAUUUUUUGGAAGCGUAAAGUAUUUUACUUUUUAAGUUAGAUUCAUCCUAAUCACAAGAAGUAUUCCGAACAGGGGUUUUCUAGUCUUUUGCAUGAAGAUUUACAAGGGGUGGGGGCAGGAACCGGCAGCGGCAAGCCCCUACCCUGUGGCAGUGCUUCGCACUCCGCUCUGCAGGACGCGCCCGAGGAGAGCGGCGGGGAGAGGGCUGCGGCCGGACCGUCUACCCGCCGCGUCCAGAGACGGCAGCACAGGCAGGCUUCAGAGGGCAGCGCGCUUGGAAAGCGCAGGAGCAUCAGACGGUGAAGGAGGAGACACAGAUGUGACACAGCAGGAGACAGCUCCAGUUCCUGCCCUGUCAAAGGAAACCCAGCAGCCUAAAGAAUGUUUCUUAAUACAACCAAGGGAAACAAGAGAAGAUGCUACCAAGACCAGGAAGAAGAGAAAGAAGAAAAUUACUGACGUUCUUGCAAAAUCAGAGCCAAAACCAGGGACCCCUGAAGACCUGCAGAAGCUGAUGCAGGACUAUUACAGCAGCCGUCGUGCGGUGAUUGAGUUAGAAGAGCUCAACCUCCCAGAUACCUGUUUCCUCAAGGCCAAUGAUUUGACUCAUAGUCUUUCAUCAUACCUAAAAGAAAUCUGUCCUAAGUGGGUAAAACUUCGGAAAAACCACGGUGAGAAGAAGUCUGUCGUGAUGCUGAUCAUCUGCAGCUCUGCCAUCCGAGCCCUAGAGCUCAUUAGGUCGAUGACAGCAUUCAGAGGAGACAGUAAAGUUAUGAAGUUAUUUGCAAAACACAUAAAGGUCCAGGAGCAGGUAAAGAUGCUGGAAAAGCGUGUCGUGCACUUGGGUGUCGGAACUCCAGGGAGGAUUAAAGAACUCAUUAAACAAGGUGGCCUCAAUUUGAACCCCUUGAAGUUUCUGGUUUUUGACUGGAACUGGAGAGAUCAGAAGCUGAGGAGAAUGAUGGACAUUCCCGAGAUAAGAAAGGAGGUUUUUGAACUUGUGGAAAUGGGAGUCCUCAGUCUGUGCAAGUCAGGAUCUUUGAAGCUGGGCCUUUUCUGAGUCUGGGUCCUAAUGAAAAUUCCAGUUUUUGUGAUGGGAUUUGCGUCUCGUUUAAUGGCUCUGGCACAUUGCAAGCACUCAGAAAAUGCCAGCUAUUGUUUUCUUAUGUUAACUGCAUCACCAGGUGGAUCACCGGAAUGUAUGAUGGGGAUUCUUUGACCAAAAUGGAUCUGCCCUUUGCCAACUCCGUUGGAUAAUAAAGUAUCACUAGCUUGUGUGA